UCCAGGACCAGCACCGCGUGGUAGUCGCAGCACUCCACAGCCCGCAGACUUUGGACUGUCAGAGACAUGGUCUGUAUCCAGAAAGAGCGCGACGGGACCUCUCCUGUAGUUGGUGCCGAGUAUGAACUGGGAGCAUCGUGCACGCCCGGAAGAAGGCAGUGGGGGCCAGGCCGCUCUGUGUCUUUAAGAAUGCUCUCUUGCUCAUAACAGAGAUCGUGAAUGCAGAGGCCUCCAUGGCUGUGAUAAGCCUGCUGUUCUUGGCAGUGAUGUAUGUUGUUCACCACCCCCUGAUGGUCAGUGACCGGAUGGACCUGGACACAUUAGCCAGGAGUCGGCAGCUGGAGAAACGGAUGAGCGAGGAGAUGCGGCAGUUAGAGAUAGAGUUUGAAGAGAGAAGGCGGGCAGCUGAGCAGAAGCAGAAAGCAGAGAGCUUCUGGAGGGGAGACACAUCCAGUGACCAGUUAGUGCUGGGGAAGAAAGACAUGGGGUGGCCCUUCCAGGCCAGUGACCAGGAUGGGGGCCCUCUGGGCUGGAUGCUGGGAAACCUGUGGAAUGCAGGCCUCUUCUGCCUUUUUCUCAUCUUUGAGCUCCUGCGACAGAACAUGCAGCACGAGCCAGCCUUUGACUCCAGCAGCGAGGAGGAAGAGGAAGAAAUCCGGAUUGUGCCUGUCACCUCUCACACCUGGCUCUCUAAUUUUCCCUCCCAGGAAGCCCUGGAAUCCUUUUACAAACAUUAUAUCCAAAAUGCCAUCCGUGACCUGCCCUGUACCUGUGAGUUUGUGGAGAGCUUUGUGGAUGAUCUCAUUGAGGCCUGUCGGGUGCUCAGCCGCCAGGAGGCUCACCCACAGUUGGAGGACUGCCUGGGCAUUGGAGCUGCCUUUGAGAAGUGGGGGACCCUCCAUGAGACACAUAAAUUUGAUGUCCUGGUGCCCAUUGUCCCGCCACAGGGUACUAUGUUUGUCUUGGAGAUGAGAGAUCCAGCCCUGGGCCGUCGUUGCGGCUGUGUGAGAGUGGACUCCAAAUGCAUGUGCAAACACGAGAAGCUCCUGGGGGAUGUGCUGUGCCUGGUGCACCACCACAGGGACCACUCCACCAUCUUGAGCAAGUGUACUAGCUCCCUCAAGGCAGCUCUCUGCACUGGCUCGCACCUGGACGUGUGUAAGACUGUGCAAUGGUUCCGAAACAUGGUGGGCAAUGCCUGGGCCCUAGUGGCCCACAAAUACAACUUUAAGCUCACCCUCCCGCCGUCUACCACCUCCUGCAAGCUCAGGUUGGAUUACCGCUCAGGCCGCUUCCUGUCUAUCAGUUUGGUUCUUGGGGUGCAACGGGAAGACACCUUGGUCUACCUGGUGAGUCAGGCCCCUGAGCGAGAACAGCUCACCAGUGUGGACUGGCCUGAGUCCUUUGCAGCUUGUGAACACUUGUUUCUGAAGCUGGUUGGGCGCUUUGCCCCUGAGAACACCUGCCACCUCAAGUGCCUGCAGAUCAUUUUGAGUCUUCAGGACCAUCAGAUGUUACCCCCGGGAGCCUCCCGCCCCAUCCUCACCUCCUACCACUUCAAAACAGCCCUCAUGCACUUGUUGCUACGGUUGCCUCUGACAGAGUGGCAGCACAGCAUGCUCUCUCAGAGGCUCCAGGACCUUCUCUGGUUCUUAGGGCAAGGCCUCCAGCAAAGGUCUCUCCACCAUUUCCUCAUUGGUAACACUUUCCUGCCCCUGACCAUACCCAUCCCUAAGACAUUUCGUAAUGCUGAACCUGUUAAUCUUUUCCAACACCUGGUGCUAAAUCCAGUAGCACACUCACAGGCAAUGGAGGAAUUCCACAACCUUCUGGCCCAGGUGAAAACUCUGCCUUGCUCCUCACAGCCUGGAGAACUUUAAAGGAAAGCCAAUUAAAAGGAAAAAAAAAAAAAAAUAGGAGAGGGUAUUUCUGAUUCCUCAGGAUGCAGAGUUUAUUUCUAACCUAACCAGAGGUGUAUGUAACCCUCACCUUGCCCAUGGGGACUGUCACACAGUAAAUCACUCUUAGAAGCAUGUGAAGAAGGCUACAGCUAGUGAACCCCAGUCUGGGGAUCGGGGUGGGGGUGUCAGUGGCUGAUGUUUUAGAACCCUGGCGUUAGUGAAAGUGCAUGGAAACAGCUGCCAUGGGAGGAGUUUGCUGCUGAGGAGUGGAGGUCCUGUUAAGUUGCGUUUCGGUAUCACCAUUGGAAAGCAGAAGCUCCAGAGAGAUCUCCACCCUAGCUAACUUCUUUCUGUGACUUGCUCCAUGUUCCCUUUGAAAUGGCUUCUUACACUGUUUAAUUUCCACCCAAAUUGAUGCAUUCCACUUUCCUCCCUCGAAUCUACAGCUACAGUUCAUACUUUAGAAUGUAAGGUUUCAUAACUUAAUUAGUUUAAAAAUAUAAACAAGAUAUCACUUUUCUAUUUUUUGGUUUUUUUUAGCUGGGUCUCACUAUGUAACCCUGGCUGGCCUGGUACUCGAAGUGUAGACCAGGCUAGUCUUGAAUGCAGACAUCUGCCUAUCUCUGCCUCCCAAGUGCAGGGGUUAAAGGCAUGCACCACCACCACCUGCCUUUUUUCUUUUCUUCUGUUCUUCCCUUCCCUCCUCCUUUCUUUCUUUCUUUCUUUCUUUCUUUCUUUCUUUCCUUCUUUUUUUUUUAAAGACAGAGUUUCUCUGUGUGGCCUUGGCUGUCCUGGAACUCUCUGUAGACCAGGUUGGCUUCGAUCGAACUCAGAGAUCUGCCUGCCUCUGCCUCCCAAGUGCUGGAAUCAAGAGUGCAUCACUCCCACCCACUGACUUCUAUUUUUUUUUUUUUUGUUGUUGUAAAUUCCUUGCCUGUCCUGAACUUGCUUUGUAGACCAGGCUGGCCUCAAACUCACAGAGAUCUGCCUGCCUCCCUAUUUUCAUACAAAUUUAUAGCUGUGGUUAUGUAUCUGAGAAAAUCCCUAGUACUACCCAAAUAUUUGUUAGUCUUGAGUAUUAAGUAUUAAGUUAAUGGCGACCCAUCCCAUAAUUGAGAUAACAUAAGCAAUAAGCAACACCUGACGACCUUUCUGGUGCCUGGAAGCAAUAUUGGGAAGUUCUGCUUUUGCUUUUCCAUGGGCUCUGAGAUGAGCAGUUGGUGUCUGAGAGAGCUAAUGUGUGCAUUCUGCUGGUGAUGACUUUCUAGUCUCUUUCCAGAGGUGACGGACAUGACUUGAACUUUGUAGUUUUGAAAAGAGGGGUCAUCACAAUCCAGGCCCAUUGCCAGGACUGGACAGGAAGGUCUGCAAAGCAGUUCAACUCUAAAUAAGAGUCCUGAUUCUAGAGAAUGAUUGGCGUGUGUUUUCCCCUCGUUCCUAACCUUCAGCAUCUUGAGUAUUAAGAAAUAGUUGUGGGGUGUGGUUGUUUUUGGAACAUCAAGGCUGUUAUGUACCCAACACUGCCAGGAAAUUUGUUGGGAGGGAGACCCAGGCCCACCCUUUGACUUGACCUCUGCUGCAGAUGGUGAGAAAGAGGGUAUCAAAUGCCAGCCUUUGGGGCUUCUGUUGUGGAAUCCACACCUUCCCCACCCCAGCAAAAAUAAAAGCAUUCUAGAAACUGA